AUGGCUGACUCUGAAGAGCGGUCGCCUCUGCUUUCAUCGACCGAAGCCGGGCCAUCCAGCCGUAGGAAUACCCACACGGCAGAAGAGACCACGCCACUGCUGGUCAAAAAACGGGAUGAGCCCGCGCAACCACACGGUGGCAGCAGCGCCUCGUCUUCUCUCUCGCGUCUGAUCGAUGGCAGCAAGCCCGGUCGGGCAGGAAAACAGAAGUCCAAACGAUGGCCGACGCUCAUCGCGAUACUCCUGCUUGGACUUUCAUCAGCUGGAAUAUUGCUGUUUGCGUACGUCGUUCCGGCAGCUGUUGAAGAGUACGCCAAACAGGGCCUGGUGGUGGAGCCGACAAACCUGUCUCUAGAAUCCAUCACAGUCGACGGAGUACGCGCCCGGAUUCAGGCCAACUUUCGGUUGGACGGUUCGAAAGUGGAAAACGUCCACGUCAGGCGUAUCGGCAGAGCAGCUACUUGGGCUGUGGGGAAACUGGGGACAGAGAACAUGACGGUGAACGUGUUUCUCCCCGAAUACGGCAACGUUCUGCUGGGGUCUGCAGAAAUCCCGCCGCUUGUCGUCAGCCUUGUGGAUGGCCACACUACCGCUAUCGACUUCGUUGCCGAUCUUGCCCCGGGUGAUGCAAACGGCAUUCGAAGCAUCGCCAACGAAUGGCUGGAAGGGCGGCUUGGCUCUCUGCGGGUCCAAGGGAAAGCAGACAUCAAGCUGAAGUCAGGCGCCAUUCCCUUGGGCACACACUCCGUAUCCGAGUCGCUAGUUUUUGAAGCCGACGACCUGCCUGCAAUUCCUCAGUAUAGCAUCGAUCGCGUCAUAUUCGAGGAGGUCGAUACGCCAGACAAUAGCAGCAAAGCUAUGGGUGCCGAGGUGCUGAUAUCUGCGUUUAACGAGUUUCCCGUCCAGCUGAAUAUUCCCUCUCUCGGAUUCGAAAUUCUUGUUCCCGACUGCAACCCUCUCGAUCCUUACAUCUUGGUUGCCGAUGCUGUAACGGAGCCGGUCGAAGUACGCCCCCGGUCUCUUGUCGUCGUCGAGGUCAACGGCACAGUCCAGGAGCUACCCGAAUCCUUGACGGCUCGCUGUCCAGACUCUACUUCGUCGCCGCUCGACCUCCUGUUGAAACAUUAUAUGAGUGGUGAUGAAGCGACUGUUUUUGUCCGUGGAAAGAGUCAGCACUUGGACGGUACGCCAGACUGGAUUAGCGACAUCUUGUCCAGUGUUACGGUUCCGGUUCCCUUUCCGGGCCGGUCGUUCGACAACAUCAUCCGCAAUUUCUCCUUGACAGAUGUCCAUUUCAGCCUGCCAGAUCCUAUGGCCGACCCGGACGACCCUGACUCCAACCCGACCGUAUCCGGCACGAUUCUUGCCGUCGCCGGGCUGCCGUCGGAAAUGAACUUCGCCAUCAAUGUCACCAAAGUCCGAGCCGAUGCCGACGUCAUCUAUCAUAACAAAAAGCUGGGUGAGCUCCAUUUGAGCAAGUGGCAAGCUGCGAACUCGACUAUGACAAAAGCUACAGCCGAUCAUGAAGCAAUGCUCACGAUCCAGUCGCACAUCAAGAAGGCCCCGCUCAUUGUUACGGACGGAGACGUUCUUACGGAAAUCAUCCAGAAACUCUUUUUCGAUGGGGCGGAAGUGAAUUUGGACAUCAACGCGCUGGUUGACAUCCCCAUUCCUAUUGGAAAUCCCGAUGAACUAGACCUUCAGGUCGGCAGCAUUCGCAUCUUGGACACUACACCGAUAUCAAUCACACUGGGGGCUUUGGUGAACAUCACCAAUCCUACCGACUACACAGCACACAUCCCUUACAUUAGCAUUCACAUCCUGAACAACAACACCGUCAUUGGAACUAGUAUUGCCAAGGACAUCGACAUCAGGAAAGGCAAGAAUACAAACAUUGCCGUUACUGCAAUUUGGAACCCAUCGAUGAGCGGCAAAUAUGGCCUUCAAGUCGGCCGCGAUCUCCUGUCCCAAUAUAUUUCCGGCUUCAAUACAAGCGUCACGAUAAAAACAUACCACGAUAGCAUACCCUUUCAGCCUGCGCUUGGGAUUGCCCUCUCCAAAUUCAACUUCACGCUUCCCACUCCACGUUUGCGACUUCCCGGCCCAGAUCAUGGCAACGGCGACGGAGACCAAGACGACCAAACGAAAAAACACAGCUUCAUUCGCACUGCCACCUUUCACAUAUUCUCAUCUAGGGCAUCGUUCGGCCUAGUCUCACCACUUGAAGAAAACACGCUUUACAUUGAGACAGUCCAUGCCACUGCUUUCUACAACCACACUGAGCUUGUCGGAACUAUUGACUCUGACGCUACAUUUGCUGUUCCGCCCGGACUUUCUGAGACUCCCAAGUUGCCGGUGGAGUGGUCUCCCGACUCGGUCGGAUUCGACAAGGUUCGCAAGGCUCUUGGUGUCUCGUGGGCCAACCUUUCCAAGAUGGCAGAGACGUCGCUAGAAGAGCGGCUUGCAAAGAUCCGCUCCCCCAAUCUCGAAAGCCAAAAACAGACCGCCAUCGUCCUCCAUGCCGUCGAAUCCACGCUCAAGGAGCAGAAGGCUGAGGCCACACCGACAGCCUACUUUGCGGCUCUGCUGGCACUCCUGAGCCAGGCGGUGGGCGAGGAUUCUUCCAAAAAGAACCUUGACACAUCCAUCAUCUACCUUCUCGACCUCGUCACGCCGUCAGCACCUCACGCACUGCUUCGGGCCAAAUUCACGCAGAUUCUGAGCUCGCUGGCACCAGUGUUCACGCUCCCAAAUGCGGAUGCACCGUUGAUACGUCCGUCUAUCGGCUGCUUGGAGUCGUUGCUGCUGGCGCAGGACUCGGCGGCCUGGGAGCUGUCGGCCGCACAGAUCAGCCCGCGUCGGGCAGUAGCCGGCCUGCUGACAUUGUCGGUCGACCCGCGGCCAAAGGUGCGCAAGCGGGCGCUAGAGGCACUCCGCAAGGUGCUUGACUCGCCUCCGCCAGGCCCGACGUUAGACCACCCGGCCAGCGCCAUGUGUGCAGAGACGGCUAUGGCCAGCCUCAAGGAGCUGGCAGAUCGUGUCCGACAGGGCAAGAAGGACAAGAACAGUGACAAGAACGCGGCCAAGGGAUUGCACGAUCCGGACCUGAUCCACGCGCUGCAGCUGGUGCGGUCGAUCGCCGGCUCGACGGGUGGUUGGCCGGGCAAGAAGAUCGAGCAGCUGUGCGAGCUCCUGCUCUCGAUCGCGCGCACUGGCAACGACCACAUGUCGGUGGCGGUGCUGGAGGUGUUUGAGAUGAUCUUCCAGGGCAUGACAGACGAAAUCGCAACGUCCAAGCUGACGCGGCUGCUCGAGAUCAUCGGUGAGCUGAAGCCGGCACCCAACGACACACAGCUGCUGCCGCCGUGGAUCGCAAUCCUGUCGCGGGGUUACGACGUAUCGGCACAGGUCGAGCCGGAGGAGACGUUCUACCGGCUGCCGGAGCUGUUCGCCAUGGUGACGCCGUACCUAGAGUCACCGUCGGCUAACAUCCGGGUGUCGGCGGCCGAGUGUUUGGUCUCGUUCCUGGUCAACUGCGUGCCCAAGCAAGUGGUGGUGGAGCCGUCGGUGUACGACGAGAAGGUGUUGGCUAAGCUGGCGGCGAUCGGCGGCGAGCUGCUUACGGUGCGGUAUCAGGCCGCGGCUGAAGAGGUCUUUGGCGUGCUCGGGGCCAUGUUUGACGCGCUGCGGUGGCGGGCAGAACCGUACCUCUUAGAUAUCACCAAGACGAUCGGCGAUCUCCGCGGCAGCGAUGCGUUUGUGCUGAAGAAGGAGGCCGACAAGCUCCUCGGCAUGGCGAUCCGUGCCAUGGGCCCCGGGACCGUGCUCCAGGUGUUGCCGCACAAUCUAACGCGGGCGUCGUCGCAACAUCCAGGCCGGGCUUGGCUUCUGCCGCUGUUCCGAGACUUCACGACCAACACGAAGCUGGAGGAUUUCAAGACCAUCUUCGUGCCACUGAGUACCGUGCUGUACCAGACUGUGCUCGACAACGGUGAUGCCGAGAAGACGACCGAGGUCAAGAUCUUUGAGACGAUCGUGCAGCAGAUCUGGUCGAUCCUGCCGGGCUACUGCGACCUGCCGCUGGAUGCGAAGACGGCCUUUGACAGCGACUUUGCCCAGCUCCUGGCCAAUCUGCUCUACCAGCAGGUGGGCUUACGGCUGGACGUGUGUCGAGCGCUCAAGGGACUGAUCGAGUCCAACCAGGCGAUCGCAGCGGUUGAUGAGGAUGAAGAGGAGGACAUGUACCUCCAGAGCCGGGUCUCGCGAGCGGAGGCGCGUGCCAACCUAGAGCACUUGGGCACGUUUGCGAGCCAGUACCUGGCCGUGCUGUUCAACGUGUACGGGCAGACGCUGGCGCAGUCGCGCGGCCCGAUCCUGCAGACGAUCAACGCCUUCCUCAGCAUCACGCCAAUGGCAGACCUGGUGCGUUCGUUUGACGAGGUGUGCAAGCUGCUGGCGGCCGAGUUGCAGGUGACGGCGGCGACGGGGGCCAACGCGGAGAAGCAGCAGCCCAAGGGCGCGGCCGCACAGGUGCCGUCGAUAAGCCUGACUCUGAUGGACCUGGUCAUCACUAUGUCGCUGCACCUGCCGCGUGAGAGCUAUGCUGCGCUGUUCGAGAUCGCGACGCUGGCGCUGGCCAAAGACGACGACGCGCCGCUGCAGAAGAAGGCGUACAAGCUGAUCCCGCGGCUGGCCGACUCGGCCGUCGGUCGCGUGGCCCUAGCCGAGCGCCACGAGGCACUGCAGACGCUGAUGUUGUCCAGUGCCGACAAGGUGACGGCGCCGGCGCGGCGCGAACGGCUGGCAGCACUGGCGGCUCUGGUGCCGCUGCUGCCCGACGAGGCGCUGCACUUUAUCCCAGCCACGCUGUCUGAGGUCGUCAUCAGCUGCAAGGAACACAACGAGCGCGCGCGCGAGGCCGCCUUCGACAUCCUCGUGACCAUGGGCCGCCGCAUGGUGGCCGCCAACGGAGCCCGCAUCGACAACAGCAAGGUGCCCAACAUGCCGGCAGACGCGCCGGCCGUGGCCGCCAGUCUCGAGGAGUUCUUCACCAUGGUCAGCGCCGGUCUGGCCGGCUCGACGCCGCACAUGAUCUCCGCCUCCAUCACAGCUAUCACGCGUGUGCUGUACGAGUUCCACGCCAUGCUGGACCGGCCAUCUCUCGAGGACCUGGUCCAGACCGUCGACCUCUUCCUAACGUCCAACAACCGCGAGAUCGUGAGCAGCGUGCUGGGUUUCGUCAAAGUGUGCGUCAUCAGCCUGCCGGUCGACAUGAUCAGCGUGCGGCUGCCCACACUGAUCCCGAACCUGAUGGUGUGGAGCCACGAGCAUAAGGGCCACUUCCGCUCCAAGGUCAAGCACAUCCUGGACCGCAUGGUGCGGCGCUUCGGCUUCGAUAUCGUGUACAACAACUGUCCGGAGCAGGACCGCAAGCUGAUCACCAACAUCCGCAAGACCAAGGAGCGCAACAAGCGGAAGAAGAAGGAGGCCAAGGAGGCGGGCAUCGCUGCCGGCGACGACAGCAGCGACGAUGAGGCCGAUGCACGCGAAGGGGGCCAGUUCGAGAGCGGUUUCGACCAGGCGCUGUAUAGUAGCGACGACGACGAAGAUGACGACGACAACGAGAAUGGUGACGGCGACGACGGCCAAGCACGUAAGAAGCGCGGCAGCAAGGGCGGCAAUGCCUACAUCAUCGAGGAGGAGGGCGAGCCGCUGGAUUUGCUGGACCGCAAAGCCAUGGCCAGCAUCUCGUCGACGCGGCCGGUCAAGCUGCGCAAGCCGAACAAGGGCAAGGCGCGGUUCAAUGCCGACGGAAAGCUGGUGCUGGAUGGUGCCAGCGGUAGCGACGGCAUGGAUGUCGACCAGGAAGAAGGUGAUGGUGGCAGCAGUGGCGUCAAUGCGUACAUGGCUGCCAUGACAGGCAAGGACGUGCCGAAGCGGGGUUUCCGAGGCAAGCUCAAGUGGUCCAACAAGAAGGGCCAGGGCGAUGGUGACGACGACGACGACGGCAUGACCGACGCCGACGCUGCAGGCAUCAAGUCGAAGCUGGACAAGAGCCCUGGCGGACGACGAGGAGACAGACAGUCCUUCCGUGGUGGUGGUGGUGGCAGAGGACGGGGUGGCAGCCAGAGAGGAGGCGGAGGUGGUGGUGACCGGGGCGGUGAACGGGGCGGCCGUAGCGGACGUGGGUCGUUUGGACGGCGCGGCCUGGGUGAAGACAAGCGGAGAUCGUCAGGAGGCGGUGGCGUUGGCAAGUCGUGGCCGAAGAAGCGGUAA